UACACGUCCCUGUAUUUUGUAUUGUACCUAAUUAGGUACCUACGUUAUUGUACUUAUAUUAUAACAAAUAAAAUUACCUUGUUAUGAGUACAAAAAAAGAGCAAAAAGGUCCAACGGGUGAUUUAAGUCAAUAUUGUAAAAGUUCAUUCACUCUCACUUUUGCCAUAGAAAUCCUUGGAAUUGAAGUGUGGCACGAUUGCAAUGAAGGCUGGUUGGACUUAGGAUCUUGUUUUCAGGGCAUAAAGUUACAGUACCAGUUGUACCCGGGACAGAACUUUGACGUGGACAUUCUUGUAUGGCCUCAUGUGUCUAAGAUCUGGUUUGUCAAUGAGUACACAUGGGUGAGGACGUGGCAGUAUCUACAAAGAAGAUGGCUGGCAUUCUCUAUAAAACACUCAUUUCCUGUGAGAGUGGCGGAGCUUCAGACCUUUACGGCGACCAUCAAUCCUAUACUCGGACUUGCAAGUCUAGGAGCAAAUGCAAAAAAUGAUAAAGUAACAGAAGUAUUUCUGCCUAAUUUGCAAUUUGGCCAAAGACGCUACUUCGCUCCGGUUUCCGAGUUAGACGAGCCUAUACAGACUUUCAUGUACAAUAUUAUUUUGGAGAUGAUAAGAAGUUUCAUACCAGCUACCAUGGAAGAUGGAUUUUAUAAUAUUCCACACACUGUACAAGAUGUAAGACACCAGGAUGCAGUAAUAGACACUAUUCAAGAUAUUAUAUUGAAUGCACCUGUUCACGAUGAAGUUAUUACAGAAGAAAUGGAAGUGACAAAGUCAAAAGAUAAAAAAGAUAAAGACAAGAAAGCCCCAGUUGCUCAAAAAGUAAAAUUUGAAAUUAAACUUGAAGGGGAUGAGAUAUUGUCAGGAGUAGGUAGAAUAAUAAAAUUUGGUACAGUUGGUGAUCGACCUGCUGAUCUUGGAGAGAUCGUGGCCCUUAUCAGCAGUUUCAAUUUACCAGCUCAGGACGAUCAACCAAUACUUUUUGUGAAUGUUGAAAAUUUGUUCGACGUACCCAUUGAACAUUUGCAAAAACUCAACAUCACUCAAUUAUACACAAGAUGGAUUAUAAAUGACGAAGUACAUGACUCUAAUCCGCAACCAAUAAAGUUAAAAAAAGAUUUUAAAAUUAAAGAUCAUCACGCUAUACCAUUACAAAGUAAUGCCUCGGAAGUCACUGCAAAAUUUUUGGAUGGUAAUUUUGGAAUUGAGCUACGUGGUAUACGACCAAUAAUUUACAGUGCUAUUGAAAAGCCAAUAUUUUUUGGCUAUUUAAAAAACGAUCGUGAUUUUGGAAAGAAACCUCCACCAACUAAGAUUUUAAAUGAAGACACGGACAUUCUCAUUGCCGUAACUAAAAUCAAUUGUCGUAGCUUAGCAAAAGGCCUGAAUGAAUUUAUCAGAGGAGAGUAUCCUUUUUAUCCUCCUCCAACUUUCAUUGCUCAUUUAGAUCGACCAACCAUUUGUACAAAUGACAUUAAUGCUAUAGGAUUACCUAUAAAACCUAAUCUAAUUGUCCAACCUUAUAUUAUACUGGAAGCACAGAUGACACUAGAAGUUUCAAUAGGAUUAGUAGGAUGUCGACUGAGAAAGCUUUUUUCAAGUUAUUCAAGAUUAUAUGCACUUAUUCGUGACAGAGAAAGUAUAGUAGCAAUAAAUAAUGCUGUGAAUGAAAUCAACAAGGAAACUUUAGAUAAUGGAAAUACGUCUGAUUUAUUGACUGGCUUUGCCCUUGAUACGAGUGAUGUAGUAAUUUUCUUUGUCGAAGGUCCAAGAGAUGGAGCGAUUUUAAAAAUUUGGGAAUUCACAGCUGACUUUUUUCCUACAGUUAAACCACUUUUUUGCUCUUCAGCGAGGUACCAUAAAAGGAUCUAUGAAAAUAUGGUAAUUACGGCGGUGCCAUUCUUGAUUCUAAGAAUGUACGUACCUUUAGGUGUUUUGUUAGCAUGCCCACCAGUAUAUGUGCGUCCUGCUCUACCCAUACCAACUAGAACUGCUCUGUUGAAGAUAGGUCGAAUUGUUGCAGGGAAGUUGAGGAAGAUACCGAGUCAAGCUCAGAUGCCCACCGAAGCUGAGCUGAGCAGCUUCAGGAUGGAGCUGUGUGUGGCGCCACGGACGGCGGCGAUCAUAAACAAACAAGAUGAAGGCUCGUAGGCUAACUGAUCACUGUUUUUGAAUAUAUUUUUGAUUCUAUUA